GGAAAACCAGGACAGUCAAUAUUGCGCACCAUAAUAAAGACUUCUUAGUAUUUUCAUAUGAGAUGAGAUGGAGAUGAGAUGAGAUGGAGAUGAGAUGAGAUGGAGAUGAAUGCUCCUCUUGUGAUCAGCACAAGGGAAAUGUGAUGCUGUACCGUGGAGGCGGCUCUCAGGGAAUCACUGUAAGGCGCUGUGCCGGUGGGCGUGGCUAAGCCAAUGGAGUUACAUUUCAGACAAGCGGCAGCCGCCAGUCAGCAGAGCGAUACUCGGACACGGAAAGGCUGGUUCCUGAAAGACAUAAUCACUCUAAGCCAUGGGGAAGGAUUACUACAAGAUCCUGGGCAUUCAGUCUGGUGCCAAUGAGGAGGAGAUCAAAAAGGCAUACAGGAAGAUGGCUCUCAAGUUCCAUCCCGAUAAAAACAAGGAUCCUAAUGCAGAAGAAAAAUUCAAAGAAAUAGCAGAGGCAUAUGAAGUCCUGAGUGACCCAAAGAAGAAGGCUAUUUAUGAUCAGUAUGGAGAGGACGGAUUUAAAAGUGGAGGAGCUGGCUCAUCCACUGGACCAGGCACUACAUAUCAUUACACCUUCCAUGGUGACCCUCACGCCACAUUCGCAUCUUUCUUUGGUGGCUCUAACCCCUUUGAUAUUUUCUUUGGCUCUGGACGUCAUUGGAACGCCAAUAAUGGUGGUGCAGACCAUGAUAUGGACAUUGAUAUGGAUGGAGAUGAGGACCCCUUCAGCUCCUUCAGCCACUUUGGCUUCAAUGGUCUCAAUGGGUUCCAUCGUGGGGUAGGUCGAAGACCUCGUAACGAAUCUUUGCACAGCAGCAGCAGCAACACCAGGAGGAAGGUACAGGAUCCUCCUGUGGUACACGAGCUACGGGUAUCGCUGGAGGAAAUCUUCCAUGGAUGUACUAAACGCAUGCGCAUUACUCGCCGCCGCCUCAACCCAGAUGGAAGAACGACGCGGACAGAAGACAAGAUCCUUAAUAUCGUCAUCAAGCGAGGCUGGAAAGAAGGGACCAAGAUUACCUUCCCUAAGGAGGGCGACGAGACACCGGAGAACAUUCCAGCUGAUAUUGUGUUCGUGCUCAAAGACAAGGGACACCCGCAGUUCAAGAGGGAUGGCUCUAACAUCAUAUACACAGCCAAAGUCAGUCUUAAGGAGGCGCUGUGUGGUUGCACGGUCAACAUUCCUACCCUGGACAACAAGGUCAUUACGCUGCCCUGCAACGACAUCAUUAAACCAGGAAUCAUUAAGAGACUUCGGGGUGAGGGUUUGCCUUUACCCAAGAGUCCAUCCCAGCGCGGGGACAUGAUAGUGGAAUUCCAGGUGCGCUUUCCGGACAGGAUACCCCCUCAGUCCAAAGAAAUCAUCAAACAGCACUUACCCCAGUCUUAAAGCCAUUUUAUUGGAUUUGUCCUAAUUUCUAUUUUAAAGAUAAACAUUACCUUUCACAAACAUUAAGAAACGAUCCAGAGGAAUGGGAAAUGUGCAAAAAAGGACCGGAAGUCAACUUCAUAUUUUGUUACCCUUUUUAUCAUAUUUUGCCCUUUUGAGAGCAGGUGGGAGAAAGACUUUCUGAAGACAAAAAUAAAUAAAUAAAUAAAUAAAAAAUGAUUUUCUAAGCGGUUUGCUACCUUGAAGCCUAUGGCUUUCAUCCAUCUUUUUUUUCAUAUUCUACUAAAAUUUUUCACUCCAUUAUCUCGAGACAGAAGGAAAAGAAUAAAUUCCUACUGUAUGUGUAAGGAAAGCUGUGGACGAUGUAUGUUAAGCCUGUUCUGGAGACAGUAAUGCCGAUUUGUUUUGCCUCGUCCCUUCUUCUUUAGUCUAGUUUAAAGUUCGAAUACAUUUUGGAUAAAAGCAGAGUUAUUUAGCAUAACCCUUUUUGAGUUAUGGGCUAGCUUUAGCACCAGCAAGUUAAAUCGAAACCAUUUGAUACGUUUUUACUCUCCGAACCAACCCUAAGCAGUCUAAAGGUGCUUUGUUCGCUGUGACCAGAUUAUUAGGUGCUGUCACUCUUUGCAAGUCAUUAAUGGUGUGAUCACAGAAUCUUGAGUGCCUUAAUAUGGCUCCAACUUGCUAGAUUUUCAGAGUCAGGUGAUGUAAUGAAAAGACCAGUGUUUUCACCUCAAACAAGGCCUAUUAUGGUACUGUAUACGCCACCGAAUAAGCAAUUAUUAUGUCAUUGCAAGCUUAGCCUGCUCUGGCAGUCCUGUUUAGAGCCCUGUUUGCUCAUGUGCUGAUUUCAUGUACUGUGAUUGGGAAAUAUUGAUGUUCUGUUGAUUGCGUUUACACUAUUUACAAAUGAAUCCCCUUAACAUUGUUUAUACCAGACCAUAAACUAUGACCCAUACCUGAUUUUUUUUUUUUUUUUGUAUAACACGAUCAUGUCAUGGUAGGUUAAAGAAAGAUUCGAAAGUGAGCAUUGCGCUUAGUUGAGACGAACUCCAUGAGGAUUCAUCGUAGCUGUAUAUAAAAGCUUCCCUGUAACUCACUCACGAGAGCACUUUCAGAAAACUGUGAAGUCAGGAGAUGGUGUUUAAGGUUAAGGUAGGUUGAUAUCACACACUUUUUGUAUACUGUUCAGUGCACAAGACUGUGGUUUAAAAAAAAAAACAAAACAAAAAUGAGUAUAUGCACAUGAUGAAGUGAACAUUUUUAAGUUUUAGUAUGACUGCGGACACUUUACUAUUUUAGAUGUGCACACUUUAUAGCUCCGUUUUUUCUCGUUACAACAAAGAUUUCUAUACAUUUGUAUCCCUCUAAAGGAAUUUGUCGUAUUGCCUUUUAGCAAUAUAGCCAAAAUUUCUUUUGUUUUGUUUUCAUACGGACAAUCAAGCGUAAAUCUCUCUCUCUGAAGACAGAAUCAAAAUUUAUUCUCAAACAGCAUGAAACAUUUGUAAUGUGGCCCAAAAAAAUUGUUUUUGGGCCUGCCAAAGAACGCACAGUCACCACACAAGGCUCCUGGCAUGACUUUACCUCUUCAUGUCCGACACUAGGAUUCUUGCUUGAUGUAUUUUAUUUCAGGUCAUUUUCACACCCAGGUUAUUUAUGUAUUCUUUAAUUAUAACGAUGUUGCAUUGAACACUUGGCCGCUGUCUACUAUCUACUGUAGUAACGUAAGCUUGCUAACUGGGAUGAUAAAAGGGCUUAGCAAGUGAGACCCAGUACGAGUGAAACGGUGUUUAGUGUACUGUGAUUUUAAACAGUGUUGAGGCCUUUUGGAUUGAUGUUUUGGUUGAGCUGAAGCUUGUUCUCAAUGUGCUGUUUUUUUAUUUUUUAGUAGUAAGCCUAAAUUAUGUACCUUUUUUUGUUGUUAAGGGAUAUUGUUUUAAAAGGCAAGAAAUAAACCACAAACCAUGA